AUGGCUCAGUAUCGCUAUGACCUGCAGCAAAGAUCUGCGCAGAUUCAGCUGUUCAAAGAUAAUUUGGCCAGGCAGUUUCAGCUGCUGGCCAAUGAGUUGGAGGACCUCCUCGCGCGAUCCGCAGAGACGGAGGUUGGCCUAGCAGAGCGGAGCCUCGAUGCAGAAAGGCGGGAUUUUUCCAGGUUCCUGAAGAACAUUGGACCGAAGCUGGCCGACGAGCCACCCCCGCCCUUCCUGGAGCACUUCCGUCAGUUUCUCUCCCUUUGGCUUCAGAUGCUUGCAGAAUGUGCAGCUGACCCCGUGGCUCAACCAUACAGCGUGAUCGGCGAGGUUGAGUUCAACUCCUUCGACAGAUCCUGCGAGCUCGCCGUGCGCCUGAGUGAGCAGCUGAAG